AUGAAACUGAUUGUAGCAGUUUUAUUCCUGUGCUCGUUGGCCAUUUGCUGCAGUUAUCCCCUCGACGAUAAAAAUGUAAAAUCAUUGUUAGGUGCUGAAGCCCUAGUCCGCAGUGAUAAGAGUAUUGAACAAAUUCCUGCUAAUAACGCUGCCCACAUCGGUGCCGAUAAUACUGAACACAUUCGUAUAGCACGCCAACCUAGUUAUGGUGGAUAUGGUGGUUAUGGAGGAUAUGGUGGUUAUGGAGGAUAUGGCGGUUAUGGGGGAUAUGGUGGAUAUCGAGGAUAUGGUGGAUAUGGAGGAUAUGGAGGUUAUGGUGGACUUAGUAAUGGCUAUGGAUACACAACAUACACAUUAUACGGUUAA